GUGAGGCUUUAUUUCAUUUUCAGGUGUACUUUUGAUUCGGUAGGGCAAAGACGGAGACCAUGUUUCCCAUAAAUAGGAACUUUGUUCAUUCGGCAAAAUAGUUUGGGGGUAAUGUUUGUAAAUAAGAUGAACACAUCAACGCAGGCCCAAUUCAAAUCGCAUUUCAUUCAGUACCCCAUGAGAGAGAGAAGAAUAUAACAAAAUUAGGGUUAGAAAGACACCUGCAUUGAAUAUCGAGGAGGGAGGAAAUCGAGCAUCAGGUUUAGAGAGAGAAAGAGAGGGUCAUUUGAGAAUCAGGCUGUUCAGAGAGAGGGAAGAGAGAUGAUUAUUUGAGAAUCAGCUUAUUCAGUAUUGUUAGAGAGAGAGGUCUCUGGAAAUUCAAGUGGAGACUCUAUGUAUCAGUUGAUUGAAUCCUGAAUAGCUCUAAGGAUUGAAUCUCUUGAGAGUUAUCAGACGAAGAAUAUGCACAGACCCAUCAUGAAUGAGCAUGAUCAAGGUCAGGCAUUGCCUGCACCCUUAUACUACCACCACCCACAAUUUGGGGCAUCUUCGAUCAAUUCAACCAAUUCUUCAUCAUUACCGGCAACUGGACCCCUUAUAGAUACAGCUUUGAGCACGAGAAUCAGUAAUUCAUUGAGUCUGAAUCACCUCUCUAGACCCUCUUCUCCCGCACCAACUGCUCAAGUCUCUAGUGCACUUACUGCACUACAAGGGAAGAGUUUGGAUGAAAUUCACCAGCUUCUCACUGAUAAAAAAGCAUACGUUGCAUUUCUGCAUUCUCUCGAGCCCGUUAGGCCUCUUGACCUGCUACGUGAAGAGCUUAUCAAAGGUCAUGUUAAUCUUGCAAGUAGUAAUCUAGAGAAGCAUUCACAAUUUGCAGAGCUCAGAAAUCAGUGCACCAUCAUCCGAUCAGAACUUGCAGGAGCCAAGGAGAGAUUUGAUGAGUUAGAACAAUUGGAGAAAGAGAUAACAUCAGUUUAUUCAUUCACGGCCCUUCUUAACAAGCUACAAGAGGCUGCUAUGAAAGUGGAGGAUGACAGCGAGUCAUUGAAUCAGAGGCUUGUCUCUAAAGAUAUCGAUCUUGGUGAGUUCAUUCAGCUAUACAAAAAGGAAAGAAUGUUGUAUCAAAGAAGAACACUCAUUUACGUGGCAGCCAAGUCAUCGGUUGGUUAGGUUAUUUCCUCAUGUUGGAUGGGGAUCUCUCUCUCCCUCUGAAAACGUGGUGAGGGAAUCUUUGAGGCAGUUGGUUUAACAGUCUCUUAGAUCUUUUCCGUUGUGCUGAUGGUAGGAUGAUGAUGCCUAUAAGCUUGUUGAAAGUUCAUGUAUAAUUUCAGUGAAUAAUCUCAAAUAUCAUCAGCUCGUCUUCUUCAAUUUAAAUGGGUUAAACGGUCUUUGAGAUCUUUCCCAUUGUAUUUCUCUUCAUAAAAAUCCUUUCCAUUGUAUUCAUUAUAGCUAAAAUGAUCAUGUUUAUAAGCAUGUUUGAAUUUCAUGUAAAAUUUCAGUAAAUAGUCUCCAACAUUAUGAGCU